CUACAGCCUAACAGUGCGUCAGGUUCCGGAACGUUAGAACAUGACAGUCAGUCGCUUUUCCUUAGAUGCCCACCAAAUGAGCCUAUACCUGGACCAUUACCCCUUGGAGUGGCAGUCAUCGACAGCUCUGUGAAGCUUUAUGGAGUCAUCUUUCCUCACGUUGCACACAAGCACCGCUACCAGAUGCUGCAGCAUUUUAACGAAUGUAUUCAUCAGGCAAAGGGCUCUCGGCAGCAGGCAGUACAGAUGAAUGUGUUUACUGCAGUGCUUUGUGCUCUCAAGAGUCUUGCAGAAUUGAAAGCCAGCCUGGGUCCAGAUGAUGUGAAGAAAGCUGCAUUUUCUUUGAUUAUGGAUGCAAUGAGCAGCAACAAUCCCAUCCUGAGAUGUGCAGCAGGAGAAGCACUGGGUCGCAUGGCUCAGGUUGUUGGAGACAGCAAGUUCAUUGCAGAAAUGGCACAGCACAGUUUUGACAAGUUGAAAUCGGCUCGUGAUGUUGUGAGUCGUACUGGUCAUUCUUUGGCUCUGGGAUGCUUGCAUCGCUAUGUAGGUGGCAUGGGUUCAAAUCAGCACUUGAAUACGUCUGUUAGUAUUCUGCUGGCCUUAGCUCAGGAUUUCAACUCACCUGUAGUACAGGUUUGGGCCCUUCAUGCUCUGGCUCUGAUCGCUGACUCUGGAGGCCCCAUGUACCGCAGUUAUGUUGAGCCUACUCUGUCCCUGGUGCUGCAGCUCUUGUUGUCAGUUCCUCCAUCUAGUGUGGAUGUUCAUCAAUGCUUGGGGAAAUGUCUGUCUGCCUUGAUCACAUCUAUUGGGCCAGAACUUCAAGGAAAUUCUAGUGCUGUUGGUACAGCCCGUCUCUACUGUCUGGUUUGCUGUGCUGUAAUGCAAGCACACCCUGAUUCUCUAGUGCAGGCAGAAGCCAUCGCUUGCCUGCAGCAGCUGCACAUGUUUGCACCCAGACACCUCAACCUCAGCAGUCUGGUGCCCCAUCUCUGUGAAAACUUGACAAGCUCACAUCUGUUGCUGCGCAGAGCAGCAGUAUCCUGUCUACGACAGCUGGCAACCAGGGAAGCAUGCGAUGUCAGUGCCCUGGCCCUCUCUCUGGUGGGCACCAGAAAAGAUGCCAAGACAAGCUCACAUAUUGCAGAAACAGGUAUUUCAUCUACAAUCCUGUUUGGGAUGUUGGACACGGAGGUCGAUGCUCAGCUCUUGUCAGAUCUAAGGGAUACCAUAGACUCCUUGUUGCAAUCUUUAGCCAUUGCAAAUCUUGGGAGAUGGUUGGCUCUACUUAAAGAUGUGCUGUCUGCAUCGGCUG